UUUCUACACCACAUUUUCCUACCAAAACAAAGACACCAAUACAAACUAAAUUGUCAAGCAACAAAAAACCCACAUUUCAGAAAACAGAGAAAAACGCUUUCACUUUGUGUGGUUUGUUUACAAAGUUAACAGCUUUGAAGUUUGAAGCUCUGAGAUUAUAGGCAGCUUCUUGUAGCUUAUGGUGUCUGUGAACCCAAACCCAGCUCAAGGUUUUUACUUGUUCGAUCCCAUGAAUAUGGGCCUUCCGGGUCUCAAUUCUAUGCCACCGCCGACAGCAACUGCUACUACAGCUUCGGCCGCGACCAGUACGACGGCUUGUACUGCGUCGUCCACGCCCACCAACGCCACGUCGUUGCUGGCCGAGGAUCAAAGCAAGAAGAUCCGGAAACCGUAUACGAUUACCAAGUCCAGAGAGAGCUGGACGGAGCAAGAGCACGACAAGUUUCUCGAAGCUCUUCAGCUAUUUGAUCGUGACUGGAAGAAGAUUGAAGCAUUUGUUGGCUCAAAAACGGUUAUCCAGAUACGUAGUCAUGCACAGAAGUACUUUUUAAAGGUUCAGAAGAAAGGGACAAGUGAACAUGUACCUCCACCUCGGCCUAAGAGGAAAGCGACUCAUCCAUACCCACAAAAGGCUCCAAAAAGUGCUGCAGUUGUAUCUCAAGUUGCUGGGCAGUUUCAAUCUUCAUCUGCUUUGCUUGAACAUGGAUAUGUUUACCAGCCAGAUUCUUCAUUUGCGCUUGGAACUCCAGUUACCAGUGCGACUUUAUCUUCGUGGAGUUAUAAUUCUGUGCCUCCAGUCAAUGUGUCGCAAAUAACUAAAGACGAUGGAAGGUUAGCGGGGCCAACUGUUGCACAUAACUCUUGCUACAGUAGUAGUAAUGAAAGCAACCCAACAACUUGGCAAAUGAGUGAGAAAGUUGAUCGAGCAGAUCCUGGCCAGCCACAUAGAGUUUUGCCAGAUUUUGCUCAGGUGUAUAAAUUUAUCGGCAGUGUGUUUGACCCCAAUGCGACUAGUCAUUUGGAGAGAUUGAAAGAAUUAGACCCCAUAAAUUUGGAAACCGUACUUUUGCUGAUGCGGAACCUCUCCCUUAAUUUGACAAGUCCAGAAUUUGAGGAUCAUAGAAAACUACUUUCAUCAUAUGAUGCUGACUCUGAGAAAGCUAAAUCUGAUAGCAAUUGCAACUUUUCUUGCAUUGGUAAAUCAGAGAAUGCUAUCCUAUCUGCUUAGGAAAUGAAGUGGAUUCCAGGGCAGGAGUGCUGAGUGACCAAGUUCACUAACAGUUGUUAUAGUGCAGAGAGGCUUUGUAUAUAUGUAGAAUGCGCGGUGACGAGUUUUCGAGAAUAUAUCUGUUACUAUGUAGCUUGUCGAAGUACCAACCCCAGUUUUGUGUGCAUACCGUACUUUGAACCUUGUCAUCAAGGAAUGUGGGAUGAUACAGUCAACUUCAAUGUUUGUCCCGGAGGCUGUCUUGUAUAGGGUUUCGGGUAUAUGGUUGUAAUAUUUGUUUUUUGUUUUUACAUAAUGUGGAAUAAAAGUAGGAGCUCAAAAUGGUAACAAUAAGAGAAAUCUGCUACCUGUAUGGUUCCUGUGCCUCUUACACCAUGCAAAAUGGUUCCUUAACCAAAAGUUCUUG